ACGCUCCUUGGAUGUCACAGCAUCAAUAGCGCUAAUUGAGGCAUUCAAUUACUAUCUCGAACCAUCAUAUGGGACAGCAUUACAUCAGGUUUCAAGAGAGAAGCGAGCACCGAUACGAAGUUGCCUUCCUCUUGCUGCUCUUAUCAGUUCCAUGCGGAGAGUCUUCAGGGAACGACACCUUCAUGGACAAGUAUCUUCUAGAGGGGACGCCUCUCGACCUGCGCUUGUACACUUCACGGAGCGUCGUCCACCAGGGAGACAGGGCACGCUUCGUCUGUAUGGCGCUCUUGGCCGACGAAGACGUCUCUUUCCAAUGGCUUGUCGACCAAGAGGAAGUACCAUCCGGAGCCUUGUACGAAGUUGUCGAAGACUCUAACCGGAAUGUCAUCCUCGUGAAAUCGAGAAAUUACAAGAUGCGCUACAGCGCACUCCGUGUCAAAGUCGCUUCUCUAGGGUCUCACACUGUCAGCUGCCGUGUGACCACCAGGAAUGAGACCCGAACUGUCUACCAGCUGAGCAGCGCCUUCGAAGUUCAGAGCCAUAGAAAGCCCGACGGGACACCGAAUGACAACUUUCCAGGUCAUUCAAAUAUUGGCUCACUGUGUGGCCACUCUGCGCGCUGUGUUGGCCAGGACGUCAAUUGCAUGUUUGGACUCCAAGACCUACCAAGAUGCGAAUGUGGCGCCACCACCCACCUUAAUAAUGUAAGUUCAUAGUGACCACGUGGUAACAUGAGCCAUUGGGAGCAUUCGCUACACAGCGAUCAAAGAUCAGGGGUCUUUAUCGCUUCGCACGUUCAACUUAACGACGCGAGACAGCUGAACGAGUCCUGCAGGCUAACGAAACGAGCAACUUUAUCUAUGCUGUGGUCACAAUCUGUGCUCCUCGUGAAGCUUCUUCGCGACUAUUGUGCACACUAUUGUGCGAGCGCUCACGUGCUGUGAUGUCACCGCCCUGAGCGAAGAGCAGGCUGCCAGCGAGGCUGCAUUUUCUCCGACCAAUAGAAAUGUUCUGUUGGUUCCGGUAGCUCGCAUUCUUGUGCUCCCAUACAUGCUCGUUCCAUUCCAAUGUUCGUUCCCA